AUGCGUCAAGACUGCAAGUGCCACGGUAUGUCGGGGUCGUGCACGGUCAAGACUUGCUGGAUGCGGCUGCCAAGCUUCCGCUCCGUGGGUGACGCGCUGAAGGACCGGUUCGACGGCGCGUCGCGGGUGCUGAUGAGCAACGCGGACGCGGAAACUCCCACGCAGCGGAACGACGCGUCAUCCCACAGGGCGCCGCGCAGGGACCGCUACAGGUUCCAGCUGAGGCCGUACAACCCCGACCACAAAGCGCCCGGGGCGAAGGACCUCGUCUACCUGGAGUCGUCGCCCGGCUUCUGCGAGAAGAACCCGCGGCUGGGCAUCCCGGGCACGCACGGGCGGGCGUGCAACGACACCAGCAUCGGCGUCGACGGCUGCGACCUGAUGUGCUGCGGGCGUGGCUACAAGACCGAGACAAAGUUCGUGGUGGAGCGAUGCAACUGCACCUUCCAUUGGUGCUGCGAGGUCAAGUGUAAAACUUGCCGCACGGAGAAAGUGGUACACACGUGUUUA